CGCCCAUUCAGCGGGACUGUCGCGGCAUUUUAAACAUCCUUAUACCUAGCUGCAUUGAGCAAAGCUCAUUUACACCGUAACCCCCGUAUACGCAGUGACCAAAUAUGAUCGAUAUGAUCGAGAAGGAGGACCCGGUCAUCAGCGAGGAGGAGGCGGCGCAGUACGACCGGCAGAUCCGCCUGUGGGGGCUGGAUGCCCAGAAGAGACUGCGUGGGUCCCGUGUGCUCCUGGCAGGAUUAGGUGGUCUGGGGGCCGAAGUGGCCAAGAAUUUAAUCCUGGCUGGAGUUAAAGGACUCACUUUGCUGGACCAUGAACAGGUGUCAGAGGAGUCAUGUCGAGCUCAGUUCCUAGUCCCGGUGACGGCUCAGGGUCAGAACCGGGCCCAGGCCUCUCUGGAGCGGGGACAGAACCUCAACCCAAUGGUACAGGUCCACGCAGACCAAGACAGGAUUCAAGACAAACCAGAUAACUUCUUCCUGCAGUUCGAUGCGGUGUGUCUGACAGGCUGCUCCAGAGACCUGAUGGUGAGAGUGGACCAGCUCUGUUCCAAGCACAACAUCAAGGUCUUCUGUGGGGACGUCUACGGUUACUAUGGUUACAUGUUCUGCAACCUGGGAAAGGAACACAACUACGUCGAGGAGAAACCAAAACUGGUUAAACCGAGUUCUAGCGAUGGUCCAGAGGCCAAGAAAGCAAAAGUGGACCCCAACGAGACCACCAUGGUGAAAAAGACGGCCUCUUACUGCACCCUGAAGGAGGCUCUGGAGGUGGACUGGACCACGGAGAAGGCCAAAGCCGGGAUGAAGAAGACCCCAGUGGACUACUUCCUGCUUCAAGUUCUGCUGAAGUUCCAGACAGACAAAGGUCGUGACCCCGACCCCCUGUCCUACCCAGAGGACAGCCAGCUGCUGAGACAGAUCAGAGAGGACGUGCUGGAGGCGCUGGCCGUGAGGAGUGACCUGCUGAACGAUGACUUCAUCAGCUACUGCUUCUCUGAGAUGUCUCCAGUGUGCGCUGUGGUGGGGGGGGUUCUGGGACAGGAAGUUGUCAAGGCCCUCUCCCAAAGAGACGCUCCUCACAGGAACUUCUUCUUCUUUGAUGGUCGUAAAGGGAACGGCAUGGUGGACUACUUUGGACCAAACUAAGCAGAUUUGAUUCCCCUACUUUGUUCCCUUUGAUAAAUGAUGUUGGUUUUUCCUCCACUCGUCAUAAAGUUGUUGAUUGUUUCCUUUUUUGGCAUUUUGUCUCAAGUACAAAGUGAUGUUGUUUUUUACAUUUGCUAAUAAAACCUUGUUGAUGAAA